AUGCUUUCUUCUUCAAUUGCGUUCAUAUUUAUUGCAUUCAUCACUGUUCCAAUGUUACUAAUACCAUCACCCAUCCAUUGGAAAGCCAAAAAUGCAGGAACAGUUCUAAUCAUUGGAUGGACAACUUUAGGAAACAUUACCGAUGCAAUCUCGGUUAUCGUACUAUUGAAUGCGCAAAGUGUAACUGCUCCUCAUUGGUGUGACUUCGCAGCUGCCAUGAAAUAUACCUGGAGGACCGGGUGUUGUACGGGAGGACUCAUUUUGCUCCGGCGCUUGACUAUAAUCGCAUCAACUCAGUCUGCAAAUAAAUCUAAAGACGAAAAGGUAAAAGUGUUCUUGAUUGAAAUGAUAUUGGGAUUGUUGAUUCCUAUAUUGCAAGUGGUCUUCCAUCUAGUGGUACAAGGGCAUCGAUUGGACGAAAUUCAAGACUUUGGCUGCUUUGCACCUAUAUAUCCCAGUGUUGCCUCUGUCUUUCUUGUAAUGGUGUACCCAGUUACCAUAACAGUGAUCUCCGCAAUCUAUGGUGCAAUUCGCGCUCUUAUGGUUCGACGAAAGGAGUUUUACCGCGUACUCAAUAAUGAAGAUACGGGUAUUACAAGAUCCCACUACUUGCGUCUCAUGGCACUUGGUAUCAUUGAUUUAGCCUUAUGGCUUCCUAUGUCUCUGGCUUUUUUGAUCAUCGACCUCACAAAUCUCAAUUUACGGCCCUAUGUAAGCUGGAGUCAUGUACACUCGGGCUUUAACAAGAUUGGAUUUGUGUUAAUUUCGGAGCUUAUGCAACACAGCUAUACCGAUUAUGUUGCUGCCGAACUCUCAAGAUGGAUUGGACCUGCCAUUGCGUUGAAUUUCUUCAUUUUUUUUGGAGUCAAACCAGAAAUCUGGAAAUACUACAGUCACCAUUUUAUGAAAUUGCUUUCUGCGAUAACGUGUACGACAACAACAAAGCAUCAGGAACCAGAGCACCAACAACAAGAUUACGUUCCGCCAACAUCUACGAACAGCAUCAGAAGCUUAUGUAACACAAAACUCACUGACUCAUUGCGAAAUUCAUUGAGCAGCGCGAGUGAACUGGACAUUGAAAAGGCCGAAUCACUAGCAAAAGUAACUGAGUGA